UGUCUUUGCACUUUUAACACUUUUCCACCCCUUGAUAUUUUCUGUCCCCCUCCACCGCACACCCCCACUCGCAUUCAACAAUCCACCGCUCUCCCAUCGCCACUGUUCUCAUACACCAUGGCUUGAAACGGGCAAGAGUUGGUUGCUUUGGUAUUAUGUGCGGGCCACGCCCUUGCUUAGUCGCGUCCGUCACAUAUAAUGGGGUCUGAUUCUCCAUUGAUGAAGGAGAGAAGAUGAUCGAUCGGAAGCCAUAUUAUUCUUUCUCAUCGCCAACGCUGAUCAACAGCUCCUUGCUCCCCCACCUGUAUAUAUGUAUGUUGCCUCUUCCUCAUCCUCUCCACGCUAAACCAACCGAAACCAAACCCGACUUCGGCACUCACCCGCUUCCAUUACUCUCUUCUUCAAAUGGAAGACCCCUCCCACCGCCGCCAUCACAAGAAGACCCACUGCCACCGCCCCUCCACCAUCGCCACCCCCACCACCGGCGAGCCCGUCGACGAGGUCAAGGAGGCCGAAGAGGGCGACCCUCAGGUAUGGGCCACUUUCAACAACAGCUUCCGACAGGUUCAGUCCGUUUUGGACCGCAAUCGGCUCCUCAUUCAGCAGGUGAACGAGAACCAACAGUCCAGGAUCCCCGACAAUAUGGCCAAGAACGUCUCUCUCAUUCAGGAACUCAACGGCAACAUUUCUAAGGUCGCCCAUAUCUACUCUGAUCUCAACUCCGAAUUUACCACCAUGUACCACAAACGCUCCACCAACUCUGCCUCCCGACGCGACAAAUGAAACGACGCCACGUCUCCACACUCUUUGCCCUUGUUACCACUUCUCCCUAUCUGUAUCUCGUGUGUUCCUGGGCCGGAAUAAAUUAUUGUACCUGUGGUUGAAAAAUAUUUAGUGAUUACAUCCCGAGUAAGGACGAUGAAGGCAAAGCCGUGAGUCGUCAUCUUCAACUUGUCAUUUGUAGACAUACUUAAUUAGUCCUAUAAACAUGUAGAGCCUUUCUUUUGGCCUAGCAGAAUAAGUUGUCGGGUCCAAAUUGCACGUCAGGGGUCCUGAGUGCACUAAUAAACUAACUUGUAUGAUC